AUGGCCUCCUAUCAAAAAACAAUUGAACAAUUCGAAACAAUACUCAAAUGUGAUAUGAUCGAUUUAAAAAAACUCAAAACACUUGCAUUUAAUGGUUGUCCAGCUGAAAAUGGUAUUCGUAGUCUAACUUGGAAGAUUUUACUCAAUUAUCUUGUACUCGAUCGAACUAAAUGGUCAACACAUUUGAGUAAACACCGUGAAUUAUAUCGUGGUUAUAUUCGAGAAACAAUUAUAAAACCAGGUCUUAUAUCAACAUCAGAAUCUAAUGUAUUCGAUCAUCCAUUAAAUUCUGCACCCGAUAGUUCAUGGGCUAUUUAUUUUAAAGAAAAUGAAGUUUUAUUACAAAUUGAUAAAGAUGUUCGACGACUUUGUCCAGAUUUAUCUUUUUUUCAACGUGAAACUGAAUAUCCAUGUUCUGAAAUAUUAAAUCAAGAAAUUGGUUUUGAAAGUUUACGUAAACGUAUUGAAUCAACAGCACUGAAAGUUGAAUCUCGAAUUGAAUCACGUUUAACUGGUCGAUUAGAAUUAAAACAUCAAAAUAAAACAAAUCAUUCAUUAACAACAUAUGAUAUUAAUGAAUAUCAAUUAUUACCUGAUGGACAUGAAGCACAUUGGGAAGUUGUUGAAAGAAUUUUAUUUAUUUUUUCAAAACUUAAUUCAGGACAAAGUUAUGUACAAGGCAUGAAUGAAAUUAUUGGACCUAUUUAUUAUACAUUUGCAACAGAUCCAAAUCCAGAAUGGAGAGGUUUGUUUGGAAUUCGCAAGUACUUUUUCGACUAUGAAAAUUGAAAUUCAACUUAUGAAAUCUCUAAUAGAAAAGCUCGCAAGAAAACUAAUGAGAUAGGAAAAAUUAACGAGAGAACAUUCGUAACUGUCGAAUAUCGUUCGAUCUGAUUUUAUGUCUAUGAGAUCAUGAAAGGUCUACAAAGACUUGAGCUCAUAACAUAUUCUAGUUGCUUUACUGAAUUCUUUUCUUAUCAGAGCAAAACAUUUUCGAAUGUUUUCUUUGAAAUUUUUCAAUGAUUAUUAACUUGGUUUAUAGGCAAAAUUUGAAGAUUAAAAAAAAAUUCAGUAUACGAGUCGUAAGGCAUUUCUGACAAGAAGACUCUCGAACUGAUACCAUCUCCAUUUCAGCUCAUAUUUUAUGGAAUUUUUGACCCAUUUUUUUUUUGGUAUUUGUGAAAAAUUCAAAAUCUUUUUUUCUUUUGUUAACAUAUUAAAAUCUUAAGUAAAUUCGAUAUAUAUUGUUUUCGGCUUUUUUUUUAUUAGUAAAAUGAUCCUAACUUGGAUCCAAAAGCCUAUACGAACGAAUCCUUUUAGAAUUUUUCUAGGCUUAUUGAGACUCCCUUGUAGUCCCAAUACGAAGUCAAACGUAUUGGUAUCACUUCAGUUGAUUCUCCCGUUUGUCUCAUAGAGCGAACAGUGUCUGGUAAUUGGACAUAUGCUCUCUCGUAAGACAAAUAUAUUCUAGUGAACUGUAAGUUUAUAAGUAUAUAAAAUCUUCUCGAUUCAUUUUUUAAUAAUUCACCUAUAUUCCGUAUAGCAUUGACAUAUCAAUGAAGAAUGUCGAUUUAUAUAAUAAUAUGAUACUAGCAUUUGUUCUUCAUAGUUGUCCUAUGGCUAAAAUAAGAACGUUUAAUAGACGGUUCGUUUCAUCUAAUAAAGAGGGAAAAAAAUGCUCAACUCGAACAGAAAAUAUGUGCUUCAGGCGUACAAAUUUUUUUGUCAGAUACAAAAAUUCACAAUAGAGUGUAUAUAGCAAGCCCGACGAACCGAUAUUUUUCUUGUUCUUUCUAGCUAUCAAAUAUAUGGGUAAUCAUUCAGAUAAAUUCAAUAAAUUACGAUAAAUUCUCUAGAGUUUUAUCUUGAUUCCAGUGAACUUAAACAAAUUCAAAAUAUU